UCCACUCUCAUUGUCCCACUUCCCUUUUAACAAAUCUCUUCCUCCACUCCUUCCCACCACACAAAGUUUCAUUCUCCAAUCAUCUCUCUCUCUCUGGUGUGUAUGCUUGGCUAGCUACCCGACAUGGACGACGCCACAAACAGUAACACCAUAAAGUUGGUGGUUUUCUUAAUCUUCAUCAUGGGGCUGCUAUUAACCGUUAACCCUGCAUCAGCAACUGUAGAGACGUACGAGCCAAACCUAAACCAAUCAACAACAACGGAAACAUUUCAUCCCGCCUGUUCGACGGAGUAUAAGCUAUUGAUCGAUGGCGUGACUAAAACUCAUCACGAUACACAAAGGCGGCGGCUAGCGCCGUAUCAGCUAUGCUUGCAGUGCAAGUGCUGCUCAGCCAUCACCUGCAUCUCCAUGCCUUGCUGCUUCGGCAUCAACUGCCAACUCCCCAACAAACCCUUUGGAGUUUGCGGUUUUGUCCCCAAGACUUGCAACUGCACCAAUUGCACAACUCCUGCUUGAUGCUAUAUAUAUAUAUAUAUAUAUAUUAUAGCUAAGCUAGCUAUAUAUUUAGGUCUCUCUUUCUCCUUGAAAAUAUAUACAUCUUCUGGUAUAUACUUGUGUAUUAGAUCUUAGCAAGCCCAUAUUUGAGUCACACUAGUUGCCUCUCACAAGCCAAUCAGGUAUUGUCAUAUGAGAAAGUUAGGAUGUGUAAUUAUGUGUGAUUGACUUAUAGUGCAACAAUAACACAUUAUAGGUAAA